UUGAAUCUCGCCAGACUUUUCCGGGUGUACUGCUGUCACUGCCAAGAUGUAAACAGAAAGUCCGUUUUGUUUCACAGUGUACUUUUAUUAAUUACCCUCAAUUCAAGGCACCUGCGGUCGUUUCCUGUGAGCCGAACAUCUGAAAUACGUAAUUUUCAAAAUCGUCAGCCAAACUCCACAUGCUAAUUCGUGAUGUUAACAUUAGCGCACUAACGACUGUCCAUCUUGAAGUUGUGAAGGAGUUCAGAUGACACGAUCGAAAGAAGAGAGGAGAUGGGGUCUGUCCGCUGGGCUUUUCGCUGCGGAUCGUGGACACCGAGCAGGUCUGACUGGCUGUUCGCUGCUCGCUGCAUACAGCGAGAGGAGAAGGACAGGAUCGGACAGUUUGUUUUUGCCAAGGAUGCAAAGUUAACUAUGGCUAGCCGUUUGUUGCUCAGGAAGUUUGUGUGUGAGAAGAUGGGAAUCCCCUGGUCUGAGAUCAGACUGGAGCGGUCUACCCGAGGGAAACCUUAUUUGGUUGCCCCACUGAAGGUGAAUUCAGAUUCAGAUCGGUCCUGGAGUUUCAAUCUUUCCCACCAAGGGGAUUUUGCUGUGUUGGCUGCAGAGCUGGGUAUGCAAGUCGGUGUGGAUGUGAUGAAAACCACCAUGCCAGGUAGCAGUUCUGUGCCUGAGUUUUUCCGCAUCAUGACUCGUCAGUUUACAGAGUACGAGUGGAGCAUCAUCCAAUCAGCCAGCUCGGAGCACCAGCAGCUUGCUGUGUUCUACCGCCACUGGGCCCUAAAGGAGAGCUUCAUUAAGGCCAUCGGCACAGGUCUGGGGUUCAACCUGCAGAGGGUGGAGUUUCACCUGUCGUCUCAGCCACUCACACAGGGCCAGGUGCUGCGCCAGACCAAGAUGCAUCUUGACGAGGAACAAGAGGAGGACUGGAUAUUUGAAGAGAGCCUUCUGGAUGCUGACCAUCACAUUGCAGUUGCUCUUGGACCAACAGACAAACCAGGGUCUGCGCCUCCAUCCCUUCCUCCUCCCACCACAUUUACGCUGCUGUCGUUCAGUGAACUCAUCGCCUCAGCGUCGCCUCUGACAGAGGAAGAUCCUUCCUACUGGGAGAGCUUCCAAAUGAAGGCCGAAGCUCCACAGAGACAGAGAGACACACACACAUCCGUAUAACAAACUGUCUAAUCCUGACAUUCACCUGCCAUACACACACACACAAAAGUGCUGAAAAGAAACAGAAGUUCACUGACAUUGAAGCUGCUUUUUUAUUCAGAACAAGUCCAGUCAAGUGCUGUCAGGUUUCUUUACAGAGUAAAAAAUAAAAAGAAUCUGCUUCUUCUA